GUUGUGACUGUUAUUUCCUUCUACACUUGACCAAACUAAGCCUCCCCGCAAUGGCUUCUUCCCUAUCUAAACAACUUCAUUUUCUUUUGAUACCUUUAAUGUCUCAAAGCCAUAUUAUACCAUUAACAUACUUUGCAAAAUUACUAGCCCUUCAUGGACUCACUGUCUCCAUUAUCACAACACCUCUCAAUGCACAAAGGUACAAAUCUAUAGUCACUCAUGCUUUAAUAUCCAAUCUAAAAAUCCAACUAAUUCCUCUUCAUUUCCCAAGCCAAGAAGUUGGAUUGCCUCAAGGAUGUGAAAACUUGGACACACUCACUUCUCUAGAGUUGUUUAAAGAUUUCUUCUUGGCUAGUGAAAUGAUGCAAGAACCACUAGAGAAAUUGAUUCAAGGUUUGAAACCAAAGCCAAGUUGUAUCAUUUCCACUAGUCCGCUCAUUUGGACUCAAGAAGUUGCUAAUAAGUUCAAGAUUCCAAGGUAUAUAUUCCAAACUGUCUCUUGUUUCACUCUCUAUUGUUCUCACAUACUAAAUCUGACAAAAAUACAAGAUAACUUUGUGUUGGAUUCUGAUUCAUUCGUGAUACCUAAUGUUCCACACAAGAUUGAGUUCACAAAAGGUCAAACAUUGAAUGGCACUAUAAAAAAGCAAUCUCAAGAUAUGCAAAGUAUUAUAGACAAAAUUAAUCAGUCUCAAGAUUUAGCAAGAGGUAUUUUGAUCAAUACUUUUGAGGAAUUAGAACCAUGGUAUGUUGAUGCAUACAAGAAAGUUCUGAACAAAGUAUUUUGUGUUGGUCCAGUAUCAUUGUGUAACAAAGAAAUGGUUGAGAUGGUUGAUAGAGGCAACAAGGCCUCUAUUGAUGUGCAUAGUAAUUGUUUGAAUUGGCUUGAUUCUAUGAAGCCAAAAUCAGUCAUUUAUGCUUGUUUCGGUAGCCUUUCUCGGAUUUCAUCCUUGCAAAUGAAGGAAAUUGGAUUAGGCUUGGUGUCAUCAAAUUUUCCUUUCAUUUGGAUAAUCAGAGAGCUUAAUUUUACAUUAGAAGUCGAAAAAUGGCUAAGAGAUGAAAAUUUCGAAGAGAAGGUGAAAGGAAGAGGGAUGAUUAUUCGAGGUUGGGCCCCACAAGUUUUAAUAUUAUCUCAUCCAUCUGUUGGAGGAUUCCUGACACAUUGUGGAUGGAAUUCGACUUUAGAAGGAAUUUCAUGUGGCGUACCGAUGAUUACUUUUCCUUUGUUCGCCGAACAAUUUUACAAUGAAAAAUUCAUCGUAAAUAUUCUGAAGAUUGGGAUUCGAGUUGGGGUUGAAGUAAGUAUUAACUCUUGGAAUGAAGAGAAGAAUGGAGUGUUAGUUAACAUGUAUCAAGUCAAAAAAGUAAUAGACCAACCAAUGGAUAAAGGAUUAGAGGGUGAAGAAAUAAGAAAAAGAGCAAAGGAACUAGCACAUAUGUCAAAGAAGACGAUACAAGAAGAGGGUUCGUCAUAUUUGAAUAUCAAAUUGUUGAUUGAAGAUGUCAUGCAGCUACUUAAGGAUAAGGAAGGGGAAGCCAAUAAUGUGGCUAAGACCAUGUAAAGUUUAUAAGUUGCACUACAAAAAGAAAUUUGGUAAUG